UUUUUUUAUAAAUAAACCAAAGCAGAUGGAAUAAUGUUUGCCUAGAUUUUUUUUUUGCUCUCUCUGCAUCGGAAGAGAAUAUUAUAUAUAAAUAUAUGUUUUUUUUCUACUUUAGAUGCUUAUUUUACAACCUGAAUGAGUGUUACCUGGGCAUUAUGAAAAGUUAUCCUGGUGUUUUUCACUGCUGGGAGAGGAUGCUUGUUCUUUAAAAAAAAUUGCAAAGAUUUUAUUGGUCCUGCAUUAAAACUGUAACUCGAUCUGCUUCUAUUUUGCGCGCUUCUUUCAAAACUGGCUGAAAUGGAGCGCACCGGAUUAGCUGUUUUAAUGAUUUUCACUGUUGCGCUCAUGCGAGUGAGCGAUGGUGACCAAGAGGUAACAGGUGGGAGGACCGGAGCCAGCCAGGUGGUCCCAAACCAGCAGAUCAAUCAGAGGAACUCUUCCAAAGCACCCUUGGAUCCUGGAACCAGUGAAGGGGAACAUAGGAGCUCGUCCGCAGCUGAAGCCCUGGUCUCCACGCCGCACCACAGGGCGCAGCGCACCGCCAGACACCCACAGAGGAGCAGAGUGAACCGUAGGCAAAACAGCAAGCCCGGCUCUUCCAGCUCAAGGCGACUGGCUGGCCCAAAUGUCUGUGGAGGUCACCAGUGCUGCUCUGGUUGGGCAGUGGCUCCAGGAACCAACCGAUGCAUAAAACCCGACUGCCAGCCCCCCUGUCAGAACCGCGGCUCCUGCAGCCGACCGCAUACCUGUGUGUGCCGCUCAGGCUUCCAGGGGCCCCGCUGUGAGGAGGUGGCCCCCGAGCAGGUGUACAUUCGUGAGCGAGGCGCUUUGAGGCGUAUUCAGCCUGGCACCAAACCUUUCCAGAGAGACCUACCACAGAAAAGGCCCUCAGAGAGGCAGGUUGCUGACACCAUCAAGGUACAGACCCCGCGACCAGUGACCACCAAGCAGCCUGCGACUCAAGCAAGAAGAGGGUCCACAUACUCCUCUCAUCAGCAAACUGGGACCUCCCGUACUGUCAAGCGUUAUCCCUCAUCCUCUGAGCCCAUAACCUCCAAUGCCCUGCCCAGCGGCAACGGCUUUGCUAACAGCCAUGGUAGUGAGAACAGACACAGGUAUCCCCACAGAAACGGACAAAGCAAUACACCGUCCCUCAAUGCUCAGAGACCUUCCAGCGACGGCCAUAUGCAGGGACAGUUCAACAAUGUCUUACAUCCAACUGGGGCGAAUCUCACUUCCAACUUGGAUCGUAUUAAGAUUGUCUUCACACCUAUGGUUUGCCGGAGAGUGUGCAGCGGCGGACGGUGCUAUAACAGCUGUCAGAGGGGAGAUGUCACCACUGUAUACAGCGAGAACACGCCACAGCAGCAGCAGCCAAAGAACCAAGGCUACAGACUCUUUUUCUGUCAAAUCCCCUGCAUGAAUGGAGGCAAAUGCAUUGGAAGGAACCUGUGUUCGUGUCCAACAAACUCAACAGGGAAGUUUUGUCACCUGUCGGUACCACCACCUCCCAGACCCACUCCUCACAUCCACAAACAUACGGGACACCAGGGAGUGAAAUCGCCUUCCCAUUCCACAUACACUUUGCCAUUAUCCAAUCAGCAAGUGUCUCUCCACCCAUCCUUGGUAAACGUCCACAUUCAGCAUCCGCCAGAAGCUGAGGUCCACAUUCACCAAGUAGCCCGAGUCCAGCAUGGACAGAGACCAGCUAUCACUGAGGGGGCUCACUCUGUCCAACAGCGCUCCCAGCCUGGAAAUGGACAUGAACACACAAAGGAACAGAACGGCAGACUAACGCUCAGCAAUGGUCACUCGAACGGUCACAGUACGACUCCUAUCCUGCAAAAUGGAAACAUUGGAAGAUGCUUUCAGGAAACAGUGGAUGGACAGUGUGGCAAACCUCUGCCAGGGCUAACCAAACAGGAUGACUGCUGUGGAAGUGUGGGUGCCUCCUGGGGUCUGAACAAGUGCCAGAAGUGUCCAACCAAACCAGCAUAUGCAGUAAUUGCGAAUGGUCAAGUUGAAUGUCCCCAAGGGUUUAAAAGGAUGAAUGUCACCCACUGUCAAGACAUCAAUGAGUGCCUGUUACCAGGGAUAUGUAAGAAUGCUGAAUGUCUCAACACCAGAGGAAGCUACAGGUGCACAUGUAAACCAGGUUUUAUGUUAGAUGCCGCCAGGAGCCACUGCGUCUCUGACAAGGCAGUGUCUGACCGCAGGGCCUCAUGCUACCGAUCGGUCUCAUCUGGAAUCUGCUCUCUGCCUCUUGUUAAUCACAUAACCAAGCAGAUAUGCUGCUGCAGCCGCGUUGGCAAGGCCUGGGGUGAUGGAUGUGAGCGGUGUCCUUUGCCUGGUUCAGACCACUUCAAGGAGAUCUGCCCAGCUGGUCAUGGAUACACAUACUCACGCUCAGAUGUGCAGAUUUCUCUCAGGCAGCUGGAAGAUGUCGAGCUCCAGAGAACAGGAGUGACUCUAGAGGACGGGUAUUCUGAGUUCCCAUCCUCCCAGCCCUCACGACACAACAACUAUCCCCAAUCACCCCAAAUACCCCAGUACCCAGAGAAUCCUCAAAUACCUCAGUACCCCGAGACACCUCGAAUACCUCAGUACCCUGAGACACCACAGUAUCCUGCAGAAUCAGGUCGACAACCACAUCGACUACCAGCAGAUGUGGAAAUUCUGAUGCCGCCAGCUGUUGUGACCGACUCACCACCUUACAAUCCAGAGACCUCUCCAGACUCCCUUGGCUUCAACUUGAGACCAGGUUUAAAAGAAACAAGCCCCCGGGUUUCCGUCACUGGCAUUAACAAAUGUACUACUUCUCCAAGUAUAUGUGGCCAAGGAAAAUGUGUUCCUGUGCAGUCUGGAUAUACUUGCGACUGUGAGGCAGGAUUCAAGCUCAAUUCACUGCAGAACAGUUGCAUUGAUGUAAAUGAGUGUGAAACGGACCCGUGCGAGGGGAAAGGCCGCUGUAUAAACAGCUAUGGUUCCUACACGUGUCAGUGCUACAGCGGCUACAGCCAGGUGAUAACCCAGAACAGGAAGUUCUGUCAAGACAUCAACGAGUGCAGCAUGGCCAAGAAGUGCCAGAACGGCCAGUGCAUCAACACUGAAGGAUCUUAUACCUGCGAGUGCAACAGCGGCUACGCCAAGUCAUGGAGGGACCUAUGUGAAGAUAUAGAUGAAUGCAGAGAUCCAAGCUCCUGUCCCAAUGGAAUCUGCGUCAACACUCCUGGCUCCUUCCAGUGCCAGGUCUGCGGCCUGGGCUUCAGGCCCAUCGGUGGGAGAUGUGUGGAUGUCAAUGAGUGCCUGAACCAAACCAUAUGCGGUCGCGGUCGGUGUGUCAACACAGAGGGAUCCUAUAUAUGCAACUGUUUCUACGGCUACACGCUCUCGCCAGAAAAUGUUUGUCAAGAUGUGGAUGAAUGUGGGCUACUGGGAGUCUGUAUGAACGGCCGCUGUGUCAAUUUGGACGGCACCCAUGAGUGCACCUGUAACAUUGGCUACCAAGUCUCCUCAGACAGGAAAUCCUGUGAAGACCUCAAUGAGUGUACAUCUGGUACAGCGUGCCCAGAGGGGAUUUGCAUCAAUACAGCAGGGUCCUAUAUUUGCCAGAACUGCGGGCCUGGGUUUAGACCAUCCUCUGAUGGGCUGAAGUGUGAAGAUAUCAAUGAGUGUGCACAGGGAGACCUUUGCUUUAAAGGGGAGUGUGCUAACACAGAGGGAUCGUUCAUCUGUACCCGAUGCCAAGCUGGCUAUACCGUGUCUGAGGACGGGCAGAGAUGUGACGAUAUUGAUGAGUGCCAGUCACGGUCUACCUGUUCCAACGGGAUCUGUCUAAACUCAGAGGGGUCUUAUAGAUGUGAGAACUGCCCUGCGGGGUAUCAAGUGUCUUUUGAUGGGGAACUCUGUCAAGAUAUCGAUGAGUGUGCAUUUCCAACUACAUGUCCUCAGGGAAAAUGUACCAACACAGAGGGUUCGUUCACGUGCGUCACCUGUCAGCCUGGUUUUACACUUUCUGCUGAUGGACAAGAGUGUGAAGAUGUGGAUGAGUGCGCAAUGGGUAACUUGUGUCCCGGCCAGAUGUGCAUUAACACCCCAGGAUUUUACACCUGCAGGAGCUGUGGAACUGGUUUCCAACUGUCUGAGGACAGUCACACCUGUGAAGACAUCAACGAGUGCCAGGUUCCAGGUGUUUGCCUCGCAGGUGUUUGCGUGAACACAGAGGGCUCCUUCUCCUGCAUGGCCGGUGAUACUGGAUUCAACUCAGCAUUUGUCGGCCUCUCGCAUGAAGAUGUGAAUGAAUGUGAGGAUGGCAGCCUGUGCCUGGGAGGCCAGUGUACAAACACCAUUGGCUCCUAUAGCUGCUCAUGCCCAUCUGGAAUGGAGUUAGUAGAUGGGACAACUUGCAGAGACAUCAACGAGUGUUUUAACAUGCCGAGGAUCUGUGGAGAAGGAAACUGUCUGAAUACGGAGGGCUCCUACAGUUGUGUGUGUCCUGAUGGAUUUAUCCCCACCGAGGGCCACCCUGGCUGCCAGGAUGUGGACGAGUGCAGCAGAGAGGAUGUGUGCAUUCAAGGAGAGUGUCUGAACACUGCUGGCUCUUUCUUAUGCUUAUGUGAAGCCGGCUUCAAGUUCAGCACUGACUCAGCUGAGUGUGAAGACCAGGAUGAGUGUAAAGAGCUUGGAAGCUCAGUGUGUGGCACCUGGAGCUGUGAGAACACUAUCGGUUCCUACCGGUGUUUCAUGCAGUGCCAGCCUGGCAUGCUUGAUGGAGAGUGCGAUAUUGAUGAAUGCGCAAAUGAGACCAUCUGUGGGAAUCAUGGCGUCUGCGAGAACACAGACGGUUCCUUCCGCUGCCAUUGUUACCAAGGCUACACCAACCCAUCGGAUGAUAUUACCAGAUGUGUGGACCUGAACGAGUGCGAGAUGAGCUCGCCGCUGUGCGGGGAGGCCCUGUGUGAGAAUUUUGACGGAAGCUUCCUGUGCAUCUGCCCCAACGACAAUGAGGAAUUUGAUCCUGAAACCAGGCAGUGCCGCUCUAUGGUUGUUGAUGGUUCUAAACCAGUCUUUACAUCCACUGCUGAAGAGAGGAAGGACUGCUAUUAUAACCUGAAAGAUCCCAACCUCUGCAACAACGUCUUGUCUCACAACGUCACCAAGCAGGAGUGCUGCUGUACAGUCGGCGCCGGCUGGGGGGACAACUGUGAGAUUCACACCUGUCCUCUUGUAGGACAAGAUGAUUACAACCAGCUGUGUCCUCAUGGCAGUGGAUUAUUAGCUUCCUCAGUAGAACAUCUGCAUUUCAGAGAUGCAAAUGAAUGUGAGAUGUUUGGACCUGAGAUUUGCAAGAAUGGAGACUGCUCCAAUUAUUUUGCAGGAUAUACUUGCUACUGUCCUUCUGGGUAUUUCUACGACAAAGUCAGACUAGAGUGUGUUGAUUACGAUGAAUGCGGAUUACAGAACCCUUGUGAAAAUGGAGUGUGUAUGAACACAGCAGGAUCAUUCAACUGUUUCUGCAGCCCCCCAUUAGUCUUGGACAACACACGGCAACGCUGUGUAACUCACAACACAACAGACGAUUCUCCUGGGGAUGUUCAUGUGGAUAUUUGUUGGCGUCGACUCGAGGGAGACAACAUGUGCGCAGACCCGAUGCAUGGGCGCAGAACCACAUUCACUGAAUGCUGCUGUCUGUACGGACUUGCAUGGAGUGGUCAGUGUGCACUUUGCCCGGGGAAAGAAACUGUUGACUAUGCUUCAAUGUGCAACAUCCGGAUAGAAGGAACGGAUAGUCUUCGAGAGCGGAUAGGAUAUGACUACGGCGAAGGCCCAGAGGUUCCUCCCUACUGGGAUAACUAUGGUGGUGGAAUUCCUGAAAGUGUUCCCAUAUUUCCUGACAGCGACUACAACAUGCCUGAACCACCCUUUCGUGUCCCUGUCCUACGACCAGGUGGGAACCAACCCCAACCAUUGGAUCCCUAUACAGGUAGAGAGCGCUACCAGAGCUUUGAGGGCCUCCGGGCAGAGGAAUGUGGGAUCCUGAACGGAUGUGAAAACGGACGCUGCGUUCGUGUUCGAGAGGGAUACACCUGCGACUGCUUCGAUGGUUAUGAACUUAACCUGGAUAAGAUGGCCUGCAUAGACAUCAACGAAUGUGAGGACAUCAGUGACAAGGUCCCGUUGUGUCAGAACGGCCAGUGCAUCAACACAGAGGGGUCCUACAAGUGCACCUGCCUGCCAGGCUUUGUGGCUUCCGCCAAGCCACACAAAUGCAUCCCUGCCAUCCCAGAGUCCUCGCUCAGGGAGGCAGAAAAGUGAAACAGAAACAGACUUUUCCUGCUUUCUAAAAACCACCAUCCCUGUGCUCUUUCCCCUGAGAGCCUGGCACUAAACCUCCAACAGCAACACUGUUCGUCCAAGCUUUUUUCCUCUCAUGCUCCUCGCAGACACAAGCAUACCAACGUUUUUUCUUAGACCUCCCCCCAUUACACAUUCAAAAAAAUAACAGGAACUGUGCAGUGAAUGUAUUACAUGGAAUUAAUUGUUCAACGUAUAUCAAUUUGCCAUAAAGGGAUUGUCUUUGGGACUAUUUUUAUAUAUAUAUAUAUUCAGUGACCCCAGGCAAAUUGAUCUGCUUAUAUAUUUUCCACAAUAUUUUAUCUGUCAAUUAACUUUUCUUGAAGUUUUUUUAUUUAUUUUAUUUACAAGAAAGGCCUCUGAAAAAUAUAAAGCAUCCAGUUUCAGAGGUUAGACUUGAUUCCUCUCAAUUUUCGCAAAGACGCUUUGAGGAGUUGAAUAAUUUGUCAUUUAUCAUCUAUUUGAGUCGACAAACAUCAGAAUGUUUCUUACCAAUGGUUUUCUUAAGGAUUCAAGCUAAAGUUUGAAGGAUGUCUGGACCUAGCAGCCAAACUUUCACAUUAAAAGCUUUGGCAUCGCACAAGCUUUGACAGACUCUACGUGUAUAUGAGGUUCUGUAAGAUGUUCAGGAAAUGGAGCAGUAAGUGGGCUGUUUGGGGCCAUUUGAGAAAGAAAUUCUAUCCCUAAUCCCCUAUUUGUUUCUUUAAUAGUAUUGGUCUGUUUUAUGCCUUAAUUUGAAAAAAAAUAAUAAUAAUAACAAAAAAAAAAAUGCAGCCUUCAUUUUAUUAUCUGUAUAAGAUUUUGAAAAAAAGCAAAAUAAUACCUGCAGAUAUCAGGUUUAAACAAGAAAAGUAAUUUAUACACUAGUAUCAACCAGAGAAAUUAAUCCUUCUUCUGACCACGCCAAUGUUUCUAUUAAGAACCCUCCUCACUUAAUGGCACUAAUUGUAAAGAUAUGUGAAAUUAAAUUUAGAUUUAUUUUGAUUUAGCAUAGGGUCAAAAUAUUUUCUUUCAUAGAAAAAUUUCUUUAAUACAGAAAGAAAAACUACAUUUUUUUUUCAAAAUAGUAAUGACUAAUUUAUAAAAAGAAAAAUAAUGUAAGUCUUCUUUUGCAUUUAUGCUUUAUGUCUUGGUAUUGAUAAGACUGUGCAGGAAAGUUGCAUAAAACCUUCCCUCUCUGGGGUCUCGUUGGGUUUUAUAUGAUGUGACCUGUAAAACCUUAUUAUAUUCAGCAUUAUUCAACAUGGGGAGAAGAGCACAUAGUUCAAGUUAGACACGUGUUUUAAUAUUCAUAAGACAAUAAAAGGUUAGUGUACAAGGUCAUGUUUACAGGCAGAUAAAUAGUCCAGAAGUUCAUAAAUAAGGGGAACUUCUGGAGACCAAGCUACAGUAGACCAUGACUAAUAUUGAUCUUCCCACCAAAAUUACUUAGAAGGAUGCUAAGAAAGAGAAAAAGAUCCCCAAAAGAGUUGAAUCUUGAUUUAAACAAAUCUUUAUAAAAACUAUUGGGCUCUUCCUUUAUACCAACCAGUUUUGAAACUCAUUCUGUCCUACCAGUUUGGUUCAAUAUGACUAAAGAUUUCCAAAAGAGCUGAGAUAGCGAAGGCAAUUACCCUCGUCCUGCUGAUAUUCCUCCUCUAGAUGCAGAAUAAGUUUAUUGCAUCCUGGUAUUGAUUGGGGUGAGCCAAUUUCUAGCCUUAAUGUAUAAAUUACAGACCGUCUGCACAACCAGCUGGCCAGUGGGUCACUGCCUCACAUGUAAUUUAUUGCAAUUAAAACACUUUAGAUCAAUAGUGUGAAGUUUAUUUAGGCUGAACAGAUCGCCCAAACUUCAGCCAGAGGUAGUUUCUCUAGCAGCUGUUACCACAGAACGUAGAAAAGAACCAAUAGCGCGUCUCACAGUACCAACGUAAUUUACUAUUAAGCUCAUGUGUGCUGCAGUUCAAAUAGGCUCUUCCUUAAAGCUGUAGUGCUUUGUGACAGAGGUUUAUGGAAGGGCUUUUCAGCAACAAACCUUUAAGUUGAGUGUAAUGUGAAACGAAAGGAUUAAGCAAUUCCUUUCCAUUGUCAAGCACAGUGGAAGAGGUCUGGUGAUGCGUGGCUGUUACCCUUCAAAAAGCCCUUGGGAAUCGUAUUGGUCGUCUUUGCAUCAUAAAGUCUUUGAAAAAAAAACGAUUUGAAAUAAAGAUUGUGUGUAAUUUUUUUCAUUUUGCAUUGGAAAUUUUCCCAAAGAUAUUGCUUACCGCAAUUUCCUACAGGUUUCCCACAGAAAUUGCUUAUCAGAAAAACAUAUAAAAAAAAAGCAAUCUCCAUUACCAUUUUAUUUACCUGACUAGAAUUAUAUUGGUAACUUCUGGGGACAUAUAUAAGAGAGCAGGGGCUCCUAAAUUUCUUCUUCCAACCUUUAGAACAGUGAUGGGAAACUUUUAGCUGAGUAUUAAAAGAUAUCACACAAAAAAACACAACAUUAUAUUGUGUCGAACUGUCGGUUAUAUAUUUUAGGGUGAAUAGCAGUUUGCUAUGGUUAAUUUUGAUAAUGUAAAUGACAAGGCCACAUGACGUCUAUAUUUCCCCCCUAACAUACACUUGUUUUAAAAAAAAAAUUCAACUCGUUUAACCUUUAUAGUGUUUGUGGAAAUGCACAAAAAUCAGUUUUCAAUUAUAAUUUUUUACCUUACAUUUUCCCCACUGAAUAAAUGUACUUAAAUCAAUGGCUGUAUUUUCACAUUUUAAUUGCGUAUCAUGCUGCUUUAAUAAAAUAUCUUUACCUGGAGUUCUUUAAAAAAGUGCUGUAUGGAAACCUAAAGGCCUUAAUGAAGAAGUUUGAUAUGUUCUGUACAGAUUAAGUAUCAUGUAUGAUCUUUGUUACAUAUUCUCUUAAUGCUAUUUAGUACCAUUGAUAUUAGAUUUGACACUACUCAUCAAAUCUUAAAAAUACAAAAAAAAUCCACCAUUUUGUUUAGCUUUUCUAGAUUCAUCUGUCUGUAAAAAUGUUUUUAAAGCAUAUCUUUUUCUGUAUGAGAAGAGUGACACUGUACCAUAGGAACUCUGUGUAUACCCUGCCCUGUGGAGCAGACUAUGAGUUUUAUAUAUAUACUUUUGUUUUUGCAAGUGGCACCACUGUUUAAAAAAAAAAAUCUGUUUUUAUAGCAAGCACCGGCUCAAUCACAACUUUGCAGCAUCGUUUUAAUAGCAAAUGUGAUUUUUUACAGUUUCUAUUCAAUCGAUAUCUAAUUUAUGGAUUCUAAACAACAUUGUCCUACAUACAGUAAAAGGCUUAUCAGUAAUCAUUAGUAGGAAUUAUCAGCAACAAAGAAACAAGGGCCCGAUUACACCUUGACAAGACGAAAAAAGCUGUUAACUUAUACAAAAUAUCAUUUAUUUUGGAUUUCUAAAAUGAGGUUUUGCAGUGUUUUAUAUGAAGCCAACUGUUCUUUGCUCUGCUGUUUAAUAUUUGCUUGGUUUAGACUGAAAGUCUAUCAAUGCGGUAAACGCUGAGCUAUUUAAAGCCUUUUAAACAAUAGUCAUUUCAUACAAAAGCAUUGUUGUAAAGCUGUUGUCAAUAUCAUGACUGUUUAUUUUGUUUACCAUUUGACUGUAAUCUGUAUCAGUCAUUGAAAUAAAUAAAAAACUUCUGAUUU